AUGAGAAAAGAGGAAGUAGUUGGUAGAUGUUCGUCAGCUGACGACGAUGCCGCGAGGGUGUCUCGUGGCCAUCGGUGAAGAACAACAACGACGACGACGACGACGACGACGACGAAGACGCGGACGACGCGGAGGAGCGUAGGUGUCGGUGCGGCUCGGAGUACCGGGGUCGGAGGGUCGUGACUGGAGGAUCCGAGAAUGUUCGGAGCGGAACGCUCAUCGAAGGGCAGUUUCCUGCAGCAGAAGAAGGCCGCGCGGGAGGAUCGGGCACACGAAAAGCGCAGAGAGGCCGCGGCCACCCUGAUCCAAGCCCAUGUCAGGACCUGGCUGGCCCGUGUCCGCUUCGCCAAGCGGAUACUCGAAGAGUUCGACGUCAAUUUUCUCGAUGAUACCGGCACCGAGGCCGCGGUGGAAUUGAAGCCGGCUCUGGAUGUGUACAGAAUUAUCUCUAGAUUUUUGUUAAUAUAUAAAAGAGAAAGGGAUCAAGAGAGAAUAGAGAGAGUGUGUAGGUAUCUUGUGCUGACUCUCGACUCGGAGUCACCGAAAAUAUCCUACGUCGGACUCGCACUCAACAAAGAUCACUACAUAUCAUGGCUAUCGCAGAUGAAGACGGUCCUAUAUCACUGUCUUUGCGGCCUGGAAAACCUCAAGCCGGAGAGAGUGUCGGACCACAAGUCUAUAUUACUGCGUCUGCACAUUCUGGUGAGCUUCACGUCGCCAGGUACAUGGGCUAUCCAGAGGGUGAAGGGUAUGGACAAGCUGAAGGCUGGCAUGAACCAGCUGUGCGCCAACAUCAUGGGCCACUUGGUUAAUAACGGAUUUUACGCCAUCAUGCAGGCUCUGUUAGUGAAGGGACUGGGUAGAGCAAAAAUCGCCCUGAAACCAGUCACGCUUUCAGCAGCUGUUACCUUGACGCUGAGACCGCUAAUCUCUUCGCAAAUGUCGGACAAGCUGGUGUCCUUAUUCCUAAUUAAUAUCUUCAGCGUGCCAGCGUUGGUCCAUCACUUAAACAUUCUGUCACCGGAGUGCAUUUCGUCGUUCAUCACGAACAAUCUAUUCGCGAGGAGUUUGGAGCUGCUGAAUUCUGAGCAGAACCUCAGGAUCGUCUUUAACGCUCUGGAAGGAAGCUACGCGCUCUGCCUGCUUGCGAAUCUAAUACAGCUGGCGAAUAUCGAGAGGGAAGAGGUGUUGAGGGAGCUCUACUUUCCUUCCUUUACGUUUGUCGUGACGAAGAUGUUGGAAGCGUGUCAGCAAUACGUGGUCGCCAAACAGAGCAAUUUGACGCACUGGCAUCCCGUGUUGGGUUGGUUCGCGCAAACCAUCGACACGCCUUUGCAAGAAGCUAUACCUUCGGUAAAAUUGCAGUUGGCCUGCCUGUGGACUGGCAGAAUCGUCUCGCAACUAAUCGAACAGCCACUGACUGAACUCGUGGAGAAAGAAGUGCCGCCCACGGUGGAGCAACAGAGCAGCUCCGUAGGCGCCAACAUUUUCCGACGCGCGUUCUUGGAGGCGCGCACCAACAGAAACAACAGUACGAAAAACUACAGGAAGCUGGGCAGCCCCGAAACCACCAAGAUAGCCCUGAUCUGCUCGCUGUACCAAACGGCGCUGCACACCCUCACGCAGAUGAAGGUGGAGAUAUUGACUGGUCUGUGCUACCAGGACAAGAUUCUGUAUCACAUGUGGUUGUUUCUGGGCACCCUGGGACCACACUGCGGCCUGAAGGCGUUCUUGGACCUCUUGGCGGCCAACACCAAGUGCACGGCGCCUGAGUUCCAAAUGUUGAUACUCUUCUCCGAUUGUAUGACGCACUAUGUGACUAUCCUGGACGAUAUGGAGAUGUACGAGCAGCAGGACCCCUUUAAGCUCACGGAUUUCGUCACCGUAUCGUACUUCCUAAACCAGUUUUUAUACAAAGCGGUUCUUACUAAUUUAUUCGAUGUGAAGUCAGUGUCCAGCAAUCCCUUGUUCACGUCGCUUCACACUCUUCUCAUGGCGAUCUACCGACGCGAUUGCCGCCGCACGUUUUGUCCAGAAGGCCACUGGCUGGCCAAGGAAGUACGAGUUUCCGGCUUCCUCGCCGACCUGGAGAAGGGUCGUCGUGGCGCGGCGCUCUUACUCUCGAAAAUGCCCCACGUGAUACCACAUUCCGAGCGAGUGGUGCUCUUUCGCAAACACAUAGCCGACGAGAAGGCGGUGAUGGGCUUGACCGAGAGCGCCUGCAACAGUCCGCCAACUACGCUCAUCGUCGUGCACAGGACGCGAAUAGUCGAGGACGGAUACAGGCAGCUGGCCAUGCUGCCGUCGCAGGCGCUCAAGGGUGUGAUCAGGGUGCGUUUCGUGAACGAGCAGGGCUUGGCCGAAGCUGGGAUCGAUCAGGACGGGGUUUUCAAGGAAUUUCUAGAGGAGACGAUAAAGAGGGUGUUCGAUCCAUCCCUGAAUCUGUUCAAGGCCACCAGUGAGAACCGGCUGUACCCGUCCCCCACGUCUUUCAUGCAGGACAAUCACUUGCAACUGUUCGAGUUUGUCGGACGGAUGCUUGGUAAAGCAGUUUACGAGGGAAUCGUCGUGGAUGUGCCUUUCGCGUCGUUCUUUGUGUCCCAGUUUUCCGGGCAGGCGGGCGGCGCGCUGUACAGCUGGCUCGAUGAGCUCGCAUCUCUCGACCGCGACCUAUACCGCAGUCUAACCUUGGUGAAACACUACAAGAGCGACGUCAGACAACUCGAGCUGACGUUCUCGUUGGACGAGGACGUGCUCGGCAAGCUGGUCACGCACGAGCUGAUCCCCGGUGGACGCACCACUGCGGUAACUAAUCAGAACAAGAUCCACUACAUUCAUCAUAUGGCGCACUACAGGAUGCAUCAUCAGAUCAAGGAGCAAACAACGGCCUUCAUCAAGGGAUUCCGCUCGAUUAUCAAUCCCGACUGGCUCUCGUUAUUCUCCACGCCCGAGUUACAGAGACUGAUCUCGGGAGACAACGUUCCCUUGGACUUGCGGGACCUACGAAGGCACACGCAAUACUACGGUGGCUUCCACGACAGUCAUCGAGUGGUGUGUUGGCUGUGGGAUAUAUUGGAGAAGGACUUUACAGAAGAGGAGAGAGGCUUGUUCCUGAAGUUUGUCACAAGUUGCUCCAAGUCGCCGUUACUGGGUUUCGCGCAUCUGGAGCCACCUUUCUCCAUACGAUGCGUGGAAGUUUGCGACGACGAGGACACUGGCGACACUAUCGGCAGCGUGAUCCGAGGUUUCUUCACGAUUCGCAAGAAGGACCCGCAGAAUCGACUGCCCACCUCGUCCACAUGCUUCAACUUGCUUAAACUGCCCAAUUAUCAGAAGAAGAGCACGCUACGGGAGAAGCUACGCUACGCCGUUACCAGCAACACCGGCUUCGAACUCUCUUAAAUCUCUCGACCGCGCGAUUCGCCCGCAGUGUCGAAAAGUUGACAAACACAUUUCCCGCGACGCUUGCGUGUGCCUGCUCUCGCGGCACGCGAUGAUGACGCGCGAUCGAGACGAGAUUCGCGCGAGAUACCGACGAGAAAGUUCGGAAAGUUCACUGACACGACGACGAACGCACCGCGCAGCCGAUUCUCGUGGCUGAUUUGUAGCCAGUGAUCGAUUGGUGCCUGGAGUCCUUACGCUGUCACACGGUGUGAUCCUUGGCCAGUUCCAAUUCCGCGGUAGUCUCAAUUUAAAAGUGACGGCCUUCGAGCGACGCAAAGCGACAUUAAGUUAAAAGAAUACUGACUCGAGAGUCUCGAGAUUCUCCUCGGAUGCGGAUCGUAUGGCGAGGCUUUGCGCUUUCAGCGUCGCUCGAAGGCAAGUACGGAUUCGAUAUAGCGACGGAAAAUAUGUACAACAUGAGAACAAUGUAUGUUAUGAAUAAAGUUCGCGGAGGGAGGGCGAGAUAAUUGAUAUCUCGUACGUGUGCGUACACGUAUGUUUAAAUGAAUUUUUUCGUACGCGGCGAGAUAGUUACUAGUAGUACAUUAGGGCGAGACCUGAAGUACGACGUUCGAAGCCCGUGUCCGCGGGCUUCGACGCACAUACGCGCGAGCGUCAUCAACAUACGAACGAUGUAAGAUACACCGUACCUCCAUGAGCUUAAUACCGCUGAUGAUAAUCGUGCGCUUGUUAGUGGAUAGGGUCGUCGGUCGGCAGAACAUUGACAAUGCGCGAAACGGACGAGUGUCCGCGAGCAAUCAAAAGACUUGCAAUUAUUUUCAACAACUUCCCCCGCUAAAGGAAGAGACGUGAAAGGAAGAGAACAGCAGCAGCAGCAG